AGUUUGUAACACGUAGACGUAGUCAGAGGACGUAGUACGUCGAAGACUCCGUGGUCGUCUGUGUCGCCGAGCGGUCAUUUUUUAGUAGAAUGUUUACUUCUAUUUCGACAACGGUGCUGGUACUGCUGGGGGUACUGGCUGGGGUAGUUUCCAGGGUAACGGCAGAGGACAUCGCCCAAACUCACACCAAAGGGGUGCAAAUAAAGAAUCGAGGUGAAGUUAGGCUGACAGUGGACAUGACGGAAGAGGAUAGGUUUCAACUUCCUCCUGGACAAGUAGCGUCAAUCAUACUGAAGGAUACCUGGUCUGGAACUAUAUCUGCUCAGCCGACAAAUUGCAAGGCGGACACCUGCGAUGGAGCUCCCCAUACGACCGCCCACAUACAAUUUGGAGGAGAGAAGGGAAAAGAUCGAUACUACAUUUCUCUUGAAGAGGGCUUUAACCUGCCCAUGAAAAUUCAACCUACAGGACAAAACAAUUUCUGCAAGUCAUCCACCUGUCUGGAGGAUAUCCUCGAACACUGCCCCGAAGACCAAAGGAUAAAGGACGACAAUGGUGAUACUACUGCUUGUAAAUGGGACGUAGACCUCUUCCGUAACUAUUGUCCUCACGUAGUGAUAACAAAGGAAGAUCCCAACCACUCAAACGCGGUAACAUGUAGCUCCUCUAACACAUAUAUGGUCCUCAUCGGUUAGGCUGAAUUUCAUAUCUCAUUGAAUGAGGAGGUUGCAUAUUCCAGUACAAUACAAUAACAUAUUAGCCGUACUUUCUGUGUCAGGCUCGCGAGACAGCUAAUCCAAAAGAGAGAUCUCAUAUGACAACUAUGACAUCACACAGUUUUUUUGUAUUGUAGUUUAUAGUUAUUGGUGUUUGAACUAUUUUAUGUUCAGAUUUCAUAAAUAUAAAAGCUAUCGCAGGUAUUAAUCAUUAUAUCACGUUAUUUAUAUUAGUCUUCAUUAGCGUUUUCAAAAGGAAAAACAGCGAAUUCUCUGUGGUGUAAGCAGCUGUUACGACUUUAACAAUGUGUUGUGUGUCUUGCCUAAUGUGUGUAUGUAUUUUUUGUAUCUCCCAUAUUUCACAUUUAGUUUUUAGGUUUAUUUUCAAGUGAAUUAACCAAAGAUAGCCGUUUUUUAGAAAUAGAAGACUUAUGUUUCAAUUAGUGUUCAAAUAAGUAUAUGUAAUUCUGUCUUGAUACAAACUACUAAAACAAACAACUUAUGUUGUUUCGCAUAAUGUCUGCCACGCACCCAUUGGUGUUCGGAGAAUAUCGAGAUUCACGAUAUUCGUUAUUCGACGAAUAUUUCCUCCUGGUGUUAACCGUAUUUGCAUGUGUGAGUGGCUGGUAUUAAAAUAGCAAAUAUGAAGCUGGAGUAGAACGAUAUCCGGUCGAUGUUUAUGAACUAGACGACUGUCAAAAUAUUCGUUCAAGCAUUUACAGAUUCAGAUUUAGUGCUCUGCUUUCACUAAAAACUUUGUAGGACAUAUAAGACGGUGAAAUUUUAUUAACACCACAUUUUAUGUAUGCUUUUUACCGAAAAUGUUAAUUUGCGAUUUCCGGAUGUGCAUUUUUUUUCACUAUGAGUGAUUGCUUACUUCAGUGUAGCUUUUUAGUAUUAAAAUCAGAUACAGCCUUGAGCGGAAAAAGUUUAACCCUACUGAAAGCCAGACAGAUUUCUUCUUGAUAGUCUUAUCUACGGUGCCAACUGCGAUUGCGGUUCUAUGAACAUUCAACUUCUUUCUGGAAUGUGCCAUUGCGGUAGGUCUGAUUAAUAAACAAAGAGCUAGUUAGUCACGUGAUGGGCACAUAUUUCCGAGAAUUGUUGUACAACGUCUACUGAUACAACUAAAAACGUCAAGUUUCAAAAACGAAGGUUCGAGAUCAAACAAUGGCAGUUGCGCAUGCUACGUCAGGAAGAUGACAACGUCUGUGGCUGAUUUGAAAAACAAAUUGCAAUGAAAUAUUACUGCAAGAAUCACAGUAAACAGAAUUGGCUAGCAAGGACCCUACUGCAUUCAAUUUUCAAAUUGGAUAGUUCAAUAGUAUGAAGUUUUUGGUAGGAUUGUUGUCAGUUUGAUACGAGUUAUUUUAAUUGAAAUUGAUUCAUUUUAAGAUUUUAUACAGGGUGUCCCCAACUAAAAUGGAAAGUCGUUUUAUUCAAAAAUCUGUUUUCGUGGCAACCUUGAUAUGUUACUGUUACACAUAUUAAAAUUAUCUCAAUAUAUACAGGGUGUUACAUAACUUCGUGCCAUAGCAGACAUAUUUUUUUAAUAGAACAUAUUUGAAUAGAGCUCCUAAAAAUAAGAGUUUCAUAUAACAUAUGCUUUUGAUUGUCAAUUGUUUAGGUAUUUGGUCAAACGUCUGAAAAAAUGCCAAGCUUUGACGACGUGCAGCUGCACCAUUUUUUAAGAUAUUUAGAUAAAUCUUGGUUCACAAAAAAAUUAUUAUCAUCAACUUUAAGCCGAAUAGAAAUUUUUUUACAUUUCUUGGUAUCUAGAAACGCAAAAUAUACCUUUCCUAACAAAAACUGUUUGAUGAUUAGAAAUAUACAGGGCGUCCCAAGUCAAGUUCAUGAGAAAAGGUAUAUUUUGCGUUUCGAGAUACGCUGCAUAAAUAGAAAGAUAUUUUAGAAUUUUUUCAGAUCAGCUGAGGAUCGAUCAUUAUAUAAUUUAAAAUUUAUCUAGAUAUCUUCAAAUUGGCGGAACUGGAAGCAGACCAAGUUGUACAUUUUUUCAGAUAUUUCACUAAAUAUCUAAACAAUUGACAAUCGAUACCAUAUGUUAUAAUGAUAUCAAACUUCUCGUUUUUGGAAGCUCUAUCCAAAUAUGCUAAAAUAUAUGGUAUUCUAUUUAAAAAAAUACAUGCAUACUAUGUCUAUGCUAAAUCAAUUUUAAAAUAUGCACUAGUAACAUAUCAGGGUACCUGCGAUAACAGAUUUUGGAUAUCUUUUCCAGCUUGCUCAUAAAAGUACUUUCCAUUUUUAUUGGGACGCCCUAUACCAUCUUUUAUAGCGCUGUAACUGACUUAUAAUGUGUGUUUGUAAUUUGUUUUUUAUAAUCAUGAAACUGGAACCCAAAAUUGCUAGUAGCAUCUUACAACAACAUUAAACCGCCAAGUGUACAUGUGACAAAGAAUAAAGUACUUUUUUAUCAGCUAUGAUUUCUUCUGAUUGUAUUAUUUUUGGUACAACUUUUGAUUUUUUAUGUUGAUUUUAGGAAAUAGGUUACGUUAAGGAUUUUGAAUUGAUGUAUGAUUGAAAAAUGGAUUACUGCCAGAUGUAGCAACUAAAAAGGUAAACUAAAAUAUACGUAUACGGAUAUUAUCGUCAAAUUUUUGUAUAGUUUAAUAAACAUUCUUAGCCUUCGCAUGUAACGUAGUUGCCUUGGUGAGGUAUUCAUAUUGUAUGCUUAUACUCAGUUCGAAUAAGACUUUUUUGUAUAUAACCAUUAUGUAAGCUCAUUAUUUAUUAUCGUAAAAAUGUCCCCUUUAUACUUUUUUCAUCUUAUUCACAAAUAAACGUUUAUUCAGUAGGUCAACAUUCUCUUAUACCCGUUAACCUAAAAUCCGGACAGCAUAUGACUUCGUACGCAAGCCCUAGCAUUUCCCUUAUUCAUGUUCAUUCACUGACAUUUCUAGAAUGUCAUAAGGAAAGAAUCCAAAAAGCUAGUUACUAAAAUUAGUCACACAUGCAUAUAGGG